AUGCAGGGGGUCGAGUGCAACUAUCCCGAAACCUCACCACAACAGAACCAACUCGGGUUUGACCCCGUGAACCCGUCGAAUCAAGAAGUGCUCCAACGGCUAAAUCAUAUCGCCGGUCUGCUAGAGGAUAUCAAAACGUCCGAGGGCUCCACCUCCUCGAGUCGUUCACUCGGCUCACUCAAAGAAGGAUUCUUUGAGUUAGCCGUGCAGAGCACUAGUCCAGUGGCUGAAUCAUUGUCGGGGACUAAUCCACCAAGCAGCAGCACGGCUAGUAUCGAUGAUCGGGGAACCGAUCACGAUCCCCGAAUCCUUUACAUGGCUAGCUCCGGGGAGAACAUGCUCCGAUGGCCUAUCUUUAACAAGGUCAUCACCGAAGCCGAAAAGCAUAUCCGAUCUUUCUUACUCGACUCACUGGAUAGUCAGCCCCGUAGUAUGCAGGCACCCCGGCAGGUGGGGAUCGGAAACUUUGUCGAUGAGAUUCCUAGACUUUGCAGGAAGUACUUCCUACUAUGCCACCGAAGGAACCCGAUAGUCGAUCUCGAGAAUCUAGACCGCUAUGCCAAGGAGGUCACCGUCCAGGGUCUUGGAUGGGAUGGCCCCUCGUGUCAAGUGCUGUUAGCGUGUGCUUUAGCUUCAUGCACAUCAUCCAAGUUCGUUCCACUAGCGGAGGACAUGCCCGCGAAUCUCGAUGGACUCCAAGCACCACCCAUGUCAGACGCCAACCUCGAUUUGGCUGAGACAUAUUUCCACGCCGCAAAGCAGAGAUUUGGCUUCUUGCACACUUCUCCAACAGAUAUCCAGUGCUUCCUUCUUGCUGGAAGUUAUCACAGACAUGCCAUACGACCUCUACAGGCUUGGUUCUGUUACCAGCAGGCAUCUUGUAGAUUGGAGGUUCGUUUGCGGUCCCUUUGUAGAGAACGGUGGACCGCUGAUGACAACUAUCAUAACCUGGAGUCGAGACUAUACUGGUCCUGUAUCCAAGCGGAACAUGAGAUGCAGAGCGAGCUCCCUCUCUGGAACAGUGGUCUUGAAAGCAUGGGUUACUCAGAUCCAUUCCCGAAAUUUCCUCACAGAUCUCCUUCCUCGUAUGACCAUAUGGAGGAAGACCAAGAUUUUGCCAUCAAACCAGGCUUUGAACUGGAUGGCACGGAAGAAGAAAGAGGCUGGAGAUUCUACAUCGGAUCUAUCUGUAAUCGCCGGACCACUAAUGAAAUAGUGUCCGACAUGUGGCGUCAAGGUGAGAAGGGCUGGACCAAAGAUAUCCCCCAUCUCUUAAGGAAGACCUUGUCAGCGGAGAAUGUUGUAACAUCAUGGUAUCAGAUCUCGGUAGCCGGGAUCCAGUCCACACAAGACAACCCGGACCUAAGGUUCUUCUUCCGCGGCCGAUAUCAUAUGGCACUGGAGAGGAUCUACCGACCAGCGUUCUACCUCGCAAUGCACUACAAGGGGAUGCCAACCUUCAUCAAGAACAACCAUCAAGUCUGGGUAGAAGUGUUUGACCUGGCUCAAAAGGCGAUUGAUAACUGCGUCAUACUGAUCCCAAGCUACUGGUAUCAGUUCCGACACGAAUGGAUUUGGAACGUGUACGUGGCAGGUGCGUAUACCGCCAAAUUGGGCUCCUUUGGUGAGGUUGUCGAUUCGCACUUUGAGGCAUUGGUCGGCAGAAUCUACUGA